AAAUCGCCUGGCAACCAUAGGUCUAUGUUACACUAAAAUAGCUAAAUGUGGUGCGUUUUUCUUCUGUCUGGCAAAUUAUAAUAUUACGUCCACAAAGUGUAUUAAGGUCAAGGAUGAACAAACUGCAGUUUGCACAUGCGCAGAAAGGCACCACGUACGUGCUGGGCUCUCCCAGUAAGCUCGAGCCUUCUCCUGACACAUCUCACCGGUUAGUGUGUGCCGUUUGUCCAGCAAAAUGUUCAGAGCCGCCGUCCGACUCUCGGUCUCCGGUGUCCGGAGCCUAACCCGAACACAACCAAGAUGUCAAGCUCUCUUGGCCUCAAGGUGUUACUCACAUGGGAAGCAGGAGACUGAUGAGGAGUUUGAUGCCCGCUGGAUCACUUAUUUCAACAAGCCAGACAUUGAUGCGUGGGAGCUGAGGAAAGGAAUGAACACGUUGAUUGGCUAUGACCUGGUACCUGAGCCAAAGAUUCUUGAGGCUGCACUGAGAGCCUGCCGGAGAUUAGACGACCUGGCCAGCGCAGUCCGAAUUUUGGAAGCUGUGAAGGACAAAGCCGGGCCUCACAAAGAUAUCUACCCAUACCUGAUCCAGGAGCUGCGACCAACACUAGACGAGCUCGGCAUUUCUACACCUGAAGAACUUGGCAUUGACAAAGUGUAGAGGAGUCAAAUGGCAGGGGAAAUCCCCAGGACACAGAACCCUUGUAUUUAAAUGUUUGCCUCAUCAAAUGCGCGUGCUAUUUAAUUUGGCCUUUAUUAAGUUGUUUUACUUGUAAAAUAUGGAUGAACAUAAUAAAGGAAAUGUAUCUUUGAGUGUCACAAGUAUAAAGGACUAUUUUCUUGACAGCUAGAGGACUUUUUGAAGCAAUGCUACAGGAUCACCAGGUCACUGUCUAAUUCCUGUGUUUGUGAAGCUUUUUGUGUGUAUUGCCACCAGGGAGCAGCACUGUCUCAUGGAUGUAAUAUGCAUUCUACUGUAAUGAGUGCACAUUUCAUUAUGUUUUUAUUUCAAUUCAUUUCAGGGAAAAUUUACUGGAUGGUUAAAUGCAUUUGUUCAAAUGGUAGCUGGUUUUAUAAUCAUGAACUCGGGAUAUUAAAUGGGCCUUUAAUCGCCAUUUAGAUGCCAGUCAAAGCUCAGAUAAAACACCCUAAUAAUUAAGCUGUCUGAAUAUAUUUAUAAGUGAAGCCAAAAGCUUCUGCAUGACCUUUUUAAAUAGACAAGUAUACAUGUGUACAUAAUAUCCAAGUGAUAUGUUGGGAGGUCACACACAAUAAAAUCAUGGCUACACUGUUGCUAAAUGUAAAGAAUUAUUUCCAAAAUAAAUGAAGCGUUUGAUCUGUGUCCAAACAGUGUUUUAGAAGGCAUGCUGAUCUUUAAUAGUUUGAUGAAGUAAAAGUAAGAGCAGCAUCUCAGCAGCUGUCGCCGCUAGAGGGGGUUCUGUGUUAGGCUUUUAGCUGUUUGGAUUUUAGAGUUGUCCUGGAUGAAUCGGUGUCAGUCAGGGCUGCAGAAUGAUUUCCAACAGGGUAAAACCUCAUUGUUCUCGGUUUGGAAUACAAACAAUACUGACCAUUUCCAGUGUGUGUGUGUGUUUACUGUUUCCUU